AUGGCCUUCACAGGGAAGGGCAGGGGCCUUGGCGGCCCCCCCGUGCUGGCUAGCAGCAGCAGCAGCAGCAGCCGCAGCAGCAGCAGCCGCAGCAGCAGCAGCCGCAACAGAAGCAAGUUGGCAGGCGGCGUGGGCGAAGCCUUGCUGCAGGGGAUUGUCUCUGAUGAUUUGUUUUUAAAUCUUCUUUCCUGUGGAGCUGCUGAGGAAGAAGAGGACUGCUCCCUGUCUCCAUCGCCCUCGCUGCACUCUUUCACGGGCGACGAGCUGGCGCUGCUGCAGCACGACCUCGACGUCCUCACUGCAGCGCAGCAGCAGCAGCAGCAACAGCAGCAGCAGCAGCAGCAGCAAGGCUUCCUCGGGCCUGCUGCAGCAGACUGCGAAGAGGCCCUCGACGUCAGCCGCGUGCGGCGACUGGUGGAGGACUACUGCGUGCGGUUCAGCUGUCUGUACACCCCAGGCCUGGCGCUGAUUGCUGCUGCAGUCAGCUGCCUUGCGGUGUUUAGAGGAGCAGCAGCAAAAAGGCGCUGCGAGCUGCUGCAUGCUGCUGCGCUGCAGUUGGCGUCUCCUGCGCCGCUGCUGCUGCUGCGGACCAAGACAGAAGACCUGCCGCACAGCAGCAGCAGCAGCAGCAGCAACGGCGUCGAAGUAGAUGCUGCUUCUGCCUUCGAGCAGCAGCAGCAGCAGCAGCAGCAGCAGCAGCAAGACCCGCUCGAAUACCCUCCGGUGUCUCGUGCUUUUGCUGCUGCGGUGUACAGGCAGCGCUUGCAGCAAGAACAGCAGCAACUGAAGGGACAGCAGCAGCAGCAGCAGGAGCAGCAGGAGCAGCAAGAGCAGCAGGACCAGCAUUUAGCAAAUGGGCAGCAAGCAGCAGCCCCCGGCGCAGCACCAGCAGCAGCCCCGGCAGCAGCACCAGCAGCAGCCCCGGGUGCGGCUCCAGCAGCAGCGGCAGCAACAUCAGCAGCAGCUGGGUCCUCCCGGCGUACUUCUUGCAGCAGCAAAAGCGACGAACUAGAAGACGUGCUGCUGGAUGAUGACCCUCUUCCAGCAGCAGCAGCAGCACCAGCAGCAGCAGCAGCACACCCCUUGGGCAGCAGCGGUGGCUCGUGCUUCUCGUCUAUUGUGGCUGCUUUGCGGUCAGAUGAGCAGCAGCUGCAGCAGCUAGAGCAGCAGCGGCAGCAGCAGCGGGCGGAGAUGGAGCUGCAGCUGUGGAGUUUGCUGCAGUACCAUUACCCGGCGUUGGCGGGGCAGCUGCAGCAGCAGCUGCAGCAGCAGCAGCAGCAACAGGGUCUCUCGCUGCUCUCGCUGGCAGCACACUGGCUGGGCACGGGCUUUGCUGCACGCUGCUUUUUCACGAAGGCCCCCACAGAGACAGCAGCAGCAGCAGCCGCUGCUGCUGCUGCUGCUGCUGAAGAAGAAACUCUGGAAGAGAAGCUGCAGUGUCUCGACACCUUAUGGCGCCACCUCGCCCUCAUCAAAGAGCCCCACGCGGGGCUCAUGCUGGCGGUGGCUCUCAUCAUUGCUAACGGACCUUCGCUGCGCUGCUGCUCUUCUGCUGCUGAGCUGCUGUCGUUUCUGCAUUUUGGCGCAAAGCUUCGCUUCCCUGCUGCUGCUGCUGCUGCUGCUGCUGAAAGUGCAGGUGCCACUGCCGCAGCAACAGCAGCACAGAGGCCUGUGGCCGCUGCAGCGGCUGCUGCUGACUUCGCUGCAGCCGAAAAGGCUGCUGCAGACGCAGCAGCAGCAGCAGCAAAGACACCCCAGCGGGGAGCAGCAGCAGCAAGAGCCUGGUGGCAGCAGGCGGCGCUUUUAGGUGUACGUACACCUGACUGCCUUCUCAACUUCAGCCUUCAGUCUUCUAGAGGCCCCAGAGAAAAAACAGAGUUUGUGCUGCUCGACUGCCGCACCUUCGAAGCUGUGCAUGCAGCACAAAGCCGCCGCAUCCGUGGGGCCAUGCCAGUGAGCGGGGACAUGCUGCUGUCCUACAGCAAGAAGCAGCAGCAGCAGCAGCAGCAGCGGCAGCAGCGGCAGCAGGACGAUAGAGAGGCGCAGGAGCUCGAAGGCCUUCUCCUUUGCUGCGAAAUCGUCAGGGGGAAGGCCAUCUGCCUGCUGGGCAGCGCAGCAGAACCCAGCAGCGGCUACAGCUCGCCAGCAGCAGCAGCAGCAGCAGCAGCAGAAGCAGCAGCAGAGUCAGAAGGUGACCCUGCUGCUGUGCUAUCUGGACUGCUGCUGCAGCAGUUUUUCCCGCGGGUCAGCGUUCUCAGCGAAGGCUGGGAAGGCCUUUGCAGGGCAAUGGAGGCGCAGCAGCUGUGUGAGCGCCUCCUCACAGAAGACAACGGCUUCUCGCAGGCAAAGGGCUCGGGCAGCUCAGCAGCAGCAGCAGCAGCAGCAGCGCUGCAGAACUGGAAAGACAGGGCCAGGGAGACAGCAGCAAAGCUUGUCGCCUCCUCGGCAGGCCACACGCAGCAGAUCGGCAGCACACUACACGCUGCCCUGCAGGCCACAAAGGGCGUGUCUAAAGAUUUUGGUAGCAGCCUCCGUGGGGUGCUGCACACUGCAGCAGGUGCAGCAGCAACAGCAGCAGCAGCUGCAGCAGGGUCGCCCUCUGGGAAAGUUCCGGAGCCCGCUUUAGGCCCUGACGGCCAGCCAACCGAGCAGCAGCAGCAGCAGGAUCCAAAGCAACUGCAGCAGGAGCAUGAGCAGGAGCAGCAGCAGCAAGACUUCAGGCGAGCCAGCUCUGUGGCCAGCACCAUGACUGCAGCAUCAAGUCUUCUUUCCUCUUUGCUUAGUCGAGGAUCUUCUGGAGGCCCUGACACUCUUAAAAUGCCAGUAGAAGCAGCAGCAGGUGCAGCAGAAGCAGCAGCAGCAGCAGCAGCAGCAGAUGCAGCGGCAGACGCAGCAGCAGGGUCAGCGGGGCUUUCUGGCGCGCAAGCGUUCAGGGCAGGGGAUAGUCCCAGCGCCAGCAGCAGCACAGACGCAGGGACUGACCAGUCCUCACCAGCAGCAGCAGCAGCAGCAGCUGCUGCUGCUGCUGCUGCUGAUGGAUCCUCCCCGGGGGUGUCGCGCGGCGAGGCGCUGCAGGCGCUGCUGUCCCAGAAGCUGCAGCAAGCCCGGCGGUCUUCUUCGCUGAAGUUGGCAUCAAUUAGUUGUUCUUUGAAGGGUCUUGCUUUGAAACAAAACCUGUCGAAGCAGCAGCAGCAGCAGCAGCAGGACGGCGGCGCGCUGGGGGCGCAGCAGCAAAGCGACACAGCACUCUCGUCGGACCAAGAAACUGCAGCAGCAGCAGCAGACACGCCAGCUGUGCAGCAGCAGCACCAAAACCACCACGUUGAGGCUUUUGAAGGUGCCAGAAGCGCUGUAGACGUUUGCGGAUUCCCUCACCGACAACAAGGAGGAGUAGCUUCCUCUGUUUUCGCGAUUGGCGACAGCGACCAAGAGGACUCACCACGAAGCUCGGAAGGCCUGGCGCUGCCCUUAGUAGAAAGAGUGGCCCCAGAUGCUGCAGGGGGAGAUAUGCUGAAGCUGCUGCAGCGGUAUCAGUCGUUUAUCGAGGAAGUGCAAAGCCUUGAAAAGGGCUCAGUGUGCGACUUGAUGGAAAUUCAGCGGAACAUAGGCGACGUGCAAGAAGAGCAGCAGCAGGAAGAGCAGCAACAGGAAGAGCAGCAACAGGAAGAGCAGCAGCAAGAGGAAGCGCGCGAGGAGGAGCAGCUGGGCGUCCCGAGCGACGCAGCAGACGAGAGCGAUAACGCAUCGGAGGCAGAAGACGCAGCAGCAGCAGCAGCAGAAGCAGCAGCAGCUGAGGAGGCGGAAGCAGACCUGCCUGCUGCUGCGGACAACAAAGAAGCUGUUCUCCGCUUCUCCUCUAUUGUUGCAGGCCGGCAAAUGGCCUGUGCUGCUGAGCGGCUGCUGCUGCGGCUGGGGCCCCCCUUCUGCAUGCAGCAGGAGCUGCUGGGGGGCCCCCAAGUUAGCUUUUCUGAACUUGCCAGAUUUCCUCUUGUUCGAAUCAAAUGGCCUGCCCUGAGGGGUCCCCACCCCUCGGGCGCGGAGAGUGACGCGGAGCUCGACAGCAGCAGCAGCAGCAGCAGCAGCGCAGCAGAAGCAGCAGCAAAACGCCACUGCGGGACAACGCCCGCCCGCAGCAACAGCCUUUGUCGGCUGCCUUUUACUGCUGUCGAGACUAGGCUCACAAACACCAUCAAACGCAGGAACUGGCGGUUCCCGUUCCUCCGCGGGCGGCCCACGGCGGAGACAGCAGCAUCACGUGCUGCUGCAGUUGUUCCAGCUGCUGCUGCUGCUGCUGUAGAGAUCCCGUGGCUGCAAGACGGCUACUGCUCGGAUUCAAUGGCGCCCAGCACAGUGAGGAGCUUCUCCUUCGAAGUUGCUGCAGCAGCGGCGGCAGACGCGGCCUGCGGCGACCACUACCACCAGCAGCACCGCAGCAGCAGCGGCAGCGAUCCACAGCAGCAGCAGCAGCAGCAGCAGCAGCAGCGCCGCGUGGUGCCUCUUAUCUCCUUCGGCGAAUGCGACCUCACCUUCAACCACGUGGGCCCCCUCCACAACUCGAGGCUCAUGAGGGCCUACAGUGUUGGCUGCGGCCCAGAGGUGCAACAGUUCUUGAGGCUGCUGAAGUACUGGGUGAAAAGGAGAGACGUGGGUGACGGGGCCAAGGGCUUCACUAACAGCUACUCCUGGCAGCUGGCAGGGGUCUAUUUCCUGCAGCGUUGUCUCUUUCAGCCCCAGCAGCAGCAGCUGGAGCUGCUGCCGGAGCAGAAGCAGCACCAGCUGAAUUGCUCUCCCGACCAGCAAGGGACUUGGCAGCAGCUGCUUGACAUUUACUGGGCCCUGGGGGACCCCACGUGGCUGCCUGUGCUUCCGAAUUUCCAGCUGCGACUGCCGCAGCACGAGCAGGAGGAGGAGCAGCAGCAGCAGCACGCGGGGGAGCAGGAGCAGCAGCAGCAGCAGCAGCAGAAACGCUGCGCCGCGUGCGGGGGCUUAAUCCCGUACCCUUUGAAUGCCCUGCCCGAGGACCCUGCGUCAGAUGUGUAUUUUAUUGACCCGGAGAGGGGACUCAACAAGCAUUUGUCUUCCAUUUACGUAUCUGUGGCUCGCAGCGACAGCAGCAGCAGCAGCAGUGACAGCAGCAGCAGCAGCAGCAGCAGCGACGGCAUCAACAGCGAGAUGUGCCGGUGUGGGCCUUGGAGCGGCUGCGGCGGGUGCAAGUGGCCCGAGGACCUGGAGGGUUUGUCGGCCGAGGCUUACAGCCGGCACUUGCUGAUGGCGAGCGCAGCAGCAGCAGCAGCAGCAGCAACUGCUGCAGCGUUUCGCAUGAGCGGCUACGGCCACGGCCUGGGGCAGCUGCCCUCAGCAGCAACAGCUGCACAGGCCCUCCAGAAGCUCAGGCAGGCCUCUAAGGCCAUUGUCUUUGCCCACCCGGAGCUUCCGGCCAGCCCCAACUCCCCAGAGCUGCGGAAGCAGCUUGCUGCUGUCUUGGGGGCUGUUGUGCUGCUGCAGGGCCCGCGGCCGCGGCUGCUGGAUCUGCUGCGGGCCUUUUUCAGGUUUUACACGGUGCAGUUCAACGGCGCGAGCUUCGCGCUGAACAUAAAGGACUUGUCGCUGUUUCCCACUGCGAAGGCGGAGCAGUUCAGCUCGCCGCCAUUUCCCAAGUCUUCGCUGCCGUGGCCGCAGACGGCCUGGCGCGACGCUGCGGCAGCGCCUGAGGGCUCUCCAGCAGAAGACGACAGCUUCGAGUCCUUGCUGGCCAACGGCAGGUCCGCCAGGUGGCUCAGCAGGCGCCUCUUCUUGACAAUCAUCGACCCCUUCGAGCCCCACAGAAUCCUCGGCUGCCAGGACCACACGGACUCCAUCACUGCCACAGAGCUGCUGCGCGCGCUCCUCAUCACGAGCAGCGGCAACUUGGAAGUGGAGGCAGCGGGACGGCGGGGGCUGCCGCUGGGGGCUCUUUUUGACAGUUACACGUGGGAGCAGCAGGGCCGCAGGGGCAAGGAGCAGCCGCAGCAGCAGCAGCAGCAGCAGCAGGCCACUCAGAAGCCGCAGCAUGCCAAGAAGAAGGAAGGAAACCGCCACAGAAUGUACUCCAGAGAGCUGCUGCAGAGGUCCCGCCAAAUCCUCACCUACAGCCAGGGACCCCGCCCUCGCAGCUGGUGUUGGCAGUCACCGCCCGGCGGCUGGCAGGGCACGCUGCAGAACAUCCACAUGCUGCUGCAGCAGCAGCAGCAGCAACAGCAGCAGUGCCUUUUGCUGCAGCAAAGAAGAAAGGCGCAAGAGGACAAACUCGCGCUUCUCAGGCAAAUGGCAAUACAGGAACGGGCACUCAGGUAG